AAUAUCGUGUUGUGCGAGAAGAUGCUUCCCCUUCGUGGCAAACAUGGCCCGAAGCACGUCGACGUGACCGUUCUUGGCUGCCCACAUGAAUGGCGUUUCAUCAACCUGAAGCAUUGCAAUAGACACAAGUAGUGGAGAGAUGCAGAUGUUAGAUGUUGCUGCGUGCUACCUUGGCACGUGCACCGAGCAUACCUGAAUCAGGGCCUGUCCACUCCAGCAGCUGAUUGAUUACCGCAGCAUUGCCUGUCAUGGCGGCCAGGUGCAUGGCAGUGCUGGAAAACUGUCGAACACCUCAAAACCCACCGAGAGACGUUUGAGGACCUUUUGUGCAACUUAUGUGGUGUACACACCCUGUCCGUCUGCCGCAGAAUCCCCAAACCGUACUGGCUGAACAUUAGCUCCAUCAUGUCCACGUUGCCGGCCACUACAGCGACUAGGAAAGGGGUGUACUGAAGCACAGGAAGGGGGCAAUUCUAUGUCCAUUCACGUGUUCUCUAUCUUUACCCCGAGAGUGUCUCGUUCAUCAAGCACCUCCUUCCCAUGGAUCUCGAGCAGCUCAGCAAUGGAGUGCAGGUCUCCAGAAAUAACACUGUCGAAUAACACGCCGCUCUGUAGGGAUCGGCAGAGUCGAGCAGAGUUUCUGAGAUUGCGGGUUUCUGAGACGUUCUGGCGUGAUUUCUCCUCAAGAGUUGCCUCACCCAUUUGCUCUGUCGCCGAGUGGCUGCAGCUUGGGGCUCCAGCCCUGGUGCCGGCUUGGCAGGAGAAACUGCAACAGACAGGUCACGAGACGCGAUGCUGGGUGUUGCGGCUCCGCACACAUCACGUCUACUUAAACCUCAUCUCCGCGGCCGGCACGCAGACCUGCUUGUUGCGGAGAUCCAGUGCUCGACGGCCCGGUGAUUGUACUGGCCAUGCUGUGAGGCGAGUGACCAGGAGGGAACGUGAUAGGUUUACUGGCGGGCAAGACAGGGGCUGCAUGGAGAGAUAGGAAAGACAUGGAUGAAUGAAUGAAUGAAUGAACAUGCCAUUGGACACGUUGUUACCUGCCACAGGCUCUUCUGUCCGCCCAUCGCCGCUGGUGGAAGGAAUAGUGAAGCCUCCGCCACUGCCCUUACCGUCAUCGGCGGGCCCGGGUGCCUGACGCCCUGUGUAUUCUUCCAUUAGCGCCCUCACCUCAGGUGUUCCCACGUCCUUUGGGGUCUUGCCCUAUCGACAUCAGAUGAGCGGCCAACAGAUGAAUCUGAAGCCGGGUGGGUGUCCUCACAUCCUCGUUUUUGAUGGCUAACAGUGACGCACCGCCCCAGUCAAGGAGCCUCUUGACGGCAUCAAUGUGACCGCACGAAGCCGCAAUGUGCAUCGGCCUUACAUUCAGCAACUUGUUCUGACCGCCAGACAGGAGACAAGAAAAUGAACAUGUGCGACAGCCAGCAGUUGACUUACGAUGCCGCCAAUUGCUUCAAUUCCCUUUCCGCACUUCUUGUAGAUUGCCUCCAUCAAAUCGACAUCACCGGCCUCGACGGCGAGAUGGAAGGGCGUCUUACCUUCCUGCGUGACAUAAACAAGUCAUCAAAUAUUCAAAAGCGGCAAAGGCACAUUCUGGGCUCACGUCGUUGUAUAAUUGCGACAGCCCCUUUCUAUCUUUGAAUUCCUUCACCAUCAUGAUCACCGCCUCAUUUACAAGACUCGGGGCCGAAAGCCUUUUGCUCUUGCUCAUCGCUUCAAUUGCGACGUGCAGGGGCGUGUCACCAGACUGCUUGCCGAAGCAAGAGACACGGAGAACAUAGAGACACGCGUGACAUAGAUCCCCUCUCCUCACUUCACCGACCCGAUCCUUCAUCUUUAGAAGUGAUGUGGCUCCAUUCUCAAGCAGAUGCCUGAUGAUGAGCGGGUGAUCCUUGCUGGCAGAAUGCUCCCCUAGUCCGGCGGCGAGAUGCAUGACGUUCUUUGCAUUCUGCAAACAUGCCGAUGUCUCUUCAUGAUUGUGUCUCCCUCGUUAGUAUGCAGUUAGCUCACCUCGCCAAUCUGCUCCAUCAAAAAGAGCCAAGUCCAUUUUGGGAUCCGCUGCAGCAUUGCGACGCUGAGUGCCUGAAAUGCUUGCAGGCUUCCGUUUUUUGCAGCGACAUGGAGUGCAAGAUUUUGAUCCUUGUCUCGCUUCUCGAGCAACGCCCUGUCGCCUUUCUCGGCCAUCCACGUCACCAGAGCGCUGUGAUUGGCACUUGCCGCCCGAAACAAGGGAGUUUGUCCGUUCUGGACAGGCAGGAUAUUACACGAUGGAUGAGAGUUGGAUCUGAUCGAUGGUCUGUUGUAUCACAGAUGGAGGUACCUCGUCAAUAUCAUUGAGAAGGGAAGUAUCACCCCAAUCCAGCAGCCUUUUGCACGUUCCCUGGUGCCCGGAUGCAGCAGCUGCAGCCAUCGGAGUGUAGCCCAGGCGAUUCGGCCUCUUCAAAAGUGCUUUGUGGCCCCCAGGCUGAGCCUUCGUGUAGAGGUAGAGCAUCUCAAGAAUCGUCAGCCGUCCCAAUGCAGCUGCCUGAGUGAACGACGUGUGGCCCUCCUAUGUGAAAUACAGCAACCAAUUAUAAUUGGACCAUGUCUCCUGAUUUGCGUACGAUGUCCUUUGAGUGGGAUUCGAGGAUGUCAGCAGUCUCACUCUCGUCGAUGAAGUGCUUGACCGAAUCGACGUCAUUGUCACGGAUUGCAGCGAAGAUGUCUUUCUGCAUGGCAACAAAUGUCGCGGAGAGUGAGAGUUCCCUUUCCUUUGUGCACACAAAUACGCAAUGUACCUCUCUUGGCGGAAGAGCCGACUUUUUCGAGGCCAGAGGCGGAGGCCCCGGCAGCAAAAUUGUGUCUGCCCCCCCACCCCCCCCACACACAUACACGCGUGCAACCAGGCACCCCUUUUAGAGACCCUGCCCACCAAAGUGAUACCGCGCGAUCUUGAUUGCGGAUCCGGUGUCGCUGCCGAAAUGCAGAAGAGACUAUGAAACGAAUCAAACGAGCUAGGAGUCAAUACCUGGUCGAGGCUCGGCAGUGAGCAGCGUCAGGACCUGUUGGACCAGGAGAAGGCAAGAGCACUAGAGGCGCAGAUAGGUAGUUGUCUGUACCUCUUUGGCAGUCGGUCGCUCUUCAGGUGCCCAUGCGAAGCACUUCUGCAGAAAAGAAUCAGUAUGUCCCUCUAGAAUAGACAUAGUGAUUCUGUCGCUCGCUGGUAAGACCUCAAUCGCUUGUCGAAUGUUUGAUGGGAGCCCGGAUGGAAUGGAGGGUAUCUGUGUUGCGAAAAGACGAGAGUCUUCGCCAGAUACAAUUGUCUUCUUACUCGUCUCUCGUGGUAGACUGCUUUCUCUAUCUCCGUUGGCUUCAGGUCGGCAAAUGGGACAUUUUUUGGACCUAUAUACAGCAAUAAUGAUUUGUUGGUGCCAAGUCUGAGGGAUUGCCGCUGACCUCCAAACACUCUACUCAAUAUGCAGCCAAGUGGCCAUAUAUCGUACUUCAGUGUUACCCGCUUGCUGACUCCCGCUACAAGUAUCACACACGAAUACCACAACUUCGGUAAUUGCACAUUGUUGCGACGUCUUUGCCCACGUGUGGAACCAAAGCCUUCAGGAGGAGUAUAAUGCAAGGUCCCAGCACCUGCAAAAGCACUCGACUCCUUACAUUCUGCAUUACCCAUUGAUCCAUAUUGUUAUUCUUUCCUUCGAUGACGGAAUGAUGACUCCCUAUGAUCUCUAGGCUGAAGUCAAAGUCCGAGAUCUUAAUGUUGUACUCACCAUCCAGCUGCGCAUUCAAUGGAGACAGCAGAGACAUCCACAGAUACGCGCAGCCACCGAUCGGUGGUUGCACCAGUAUAUUUUCAGGCUUCAGGUCUCUGUGAACAAUGUUCCAUGAAUGAAGGUAAUGGAUGCCCUCACAAAUCUGAAGAACAAAGGACAGGCCAGAGAGAACAGCCACCUCAGAGAAGAUGAGGGGUGUGGAUGCUGGACGUUUGAAGCGGUGCACCUGAACUGCAAACUUCAUUCGGGUUGCGUCGUCGAGUUGUUUCUUUGCCUCCAGAUCUCGCAAGACGUGACUUAGGU